UCCAUGCCGGAGGCGGCGCUCGGCUCCCAGGCGCCCGGGUGUCCGCAGCCGUUCGGCCCGGGCCCUGCCGAGGCCGCGUCCUGCUCCUCGUCCCCCAGGCGGGCGGCGCGGGAGGCUGAGGCGGCCGAGGCGGCGUGCGCACUAGCCGCGGCGCCGGGGGAGCCCCGCGCAGCAGUAGCCCGCCUGCCCCAUGGCGCUCUCGCCCUCCGGCGUGUCGCCGCCGCCCCCGUUCGCUCCCUCCACCCGGCCCCGCGUCCCCGGGUCCCGCUCGUGGCGUUCGGGUGCCCGCGGCUGCGCGGCCGAUUGUUUUUGUUUUCACGGGAACCGACGGAUGACCUGGUUCUCCCGGGCGGCACCAAGCGCCGCCGACUGGGGGGAGAGGGACGGCCACCCCGGCGAGGAAAGGAGGCGGCGCGGGCCGUACCAAGCGCACCUUCGAAGGGGGGGGGCUCGGCGAUCGCGGGCGGAGGAGGGCGACAGGCGCCCACACGCGCCGCAGCUCUAAAGGUGUGGGCCGUACCACGCGGAAGGCGGGCGAGGGAGAGGUCGAGGGUGGAGCGAGGCCCCAAUUGGCCGGAGGAGCUAAAUAGGGAACUUUGGAGACAGCCCCAGAGCUCGGCGAGCGCUACAACUACGCGCUCAGUAAACAAGGGGGCGGAAACCGGCCCUCACCACUCCGCCCAGAAGCGGGGAAACCCAACCAAUGGGCGCGGAGAAUGGUAAGAAGCCAAUCCAUGGCCGAGGUGUAAGGCUUCAGCCAAUCCGGGUUGACAGGCCAAACCAACGAACUCGCUGUUGGAGGGGGUGACUUGGAGAGCGUACCGAGAAACGAGUCUUUUCUGGAAAGCCGUGGGGGAAAACCAGACAAAAAUACAGAGGGCUGUUUUCCAUAGGACGUCGCCCUGAACCCAAUUUAUUUCGUCUCCUCAUCGCUCUUAAGGGAAAGGGAUGCAGUCAUUCUGAACUUUUGGGCGACGGAUCCGCCUCCCAGGAUGAAAAACCAAGCAAGGCCGCCCGGGGGCGGGUGCUGAGGCGGGUCGGGGGCGCUAAUGGGAAUUAAAGGCGGAGGUGAUUGGGUCCUGGUGAGGGGGAUGCUUGUUGGUUGCGAAUGACCCGCGCCGUCUGUCAGCGUUGCCCGGAGCUUACGACACUCUGGAGGUCAGGUUCCCCACCCGCCGCGAGCCGUAGUGGCCCUUUGGCCCCGGGGCCGGGAACCUCUCCUGACGGUCGCCCCGGAGCCCUGAGCCGGGCAGCUUAGCCCAGUGGAAAGAACCCGCGCUGGAGAGCUGGGCAGCUUGGCCCUUGCCCCCUGGGAAGCCUGUAUUGAAUAGGAUCGGCUUUACCCCCUUGGGUAAAUCCUUCUCCUAGCUUGCCAUGGCGUCUCCAGCCUUGGCCUAGACCUCCGUGGUCAGCAUCGCCUGCACUAACCUUUGCAUUUCUUCAGGAGCCCAGCUAGUUCCUGCCUCAGGACUUAUGCACUUGCCCUUUCCUUGGCCCAGAAAACUCUUCCUCCUACCUUUUUCAUCCUAAAGUUCUCAGCUGACUUGCCCCCUUACACGGUCCUCCCCUGCCUGGCUACACUAAUGUACUUCCUCCCCACCGUUAAUAUCGUAACACAUUUUUUUUAAUUUCCACACCAAACUCUGAAAUGAUCUGAUGUUUUAUUUUUCUGUCUGCACCACUUCCAUAAACCAUGAAGGCAGGCCCCUUGCCUGUCUGAGUUUUUUGCCUAGAACAGUCCCUGGCGUGAGGUGGUAGGCAAUCCUUUUUUUUUUUUACGUGAUAACCUUUUUGAGCCUUAACUUCCUUGUAACUGAGAAAUAACUGGAAUUAAUAAUACUUAACUAAAUUGUUAUACUAAAGGAGAUAAUAUAUGUAAAUGCCUGUAAUAGGCUCAUGAUAACCACAUAAUAAAGGUGGUAGUAAAAAAGGUAAUAAAAGUGCAGCCCCACCUGAUGUUAUUUCAGAUCUCCCUUCUCCCUACUCACUCCAUUUUUCUUCCCUUUUUUCUUGGUAGAUGUCUCUAAUCUUCACUGAGAUUUAAAAAAAAAAAAAAAAAAGGAAUCCAGCUCCAGCAAUCUCUAUCACUCUUCUCUGAGUAUUGCUGUGUACCAACCAUUUUGUGAACAUUCUCACGUACCCAAAGGACCAGGAUUCCUUUCUCCCUUCCCAAGACAUGCAUUGGGGCCUGCUGGCUGCCGAGUAGGUUCUUCCUUUCUGCUUUCAGGCCAAAUAGGUUUGACCUACCUAGGGGAGGAACCUUCAUUUAGCCCUCCUCGAGCACGCAUUUCUUUCACUGCCAAACUGCCUAGACAAAUCCGUUUAUUCCUUUUUUCUUCAAGGAUCUCCUUGAUAAGCUCAGUCACUCUUUUCUCGGUGUUCUUUUUUUUUUUCAAAGGGUUGUUUCAAUAUGAAAUAUUCCAUAUAAGGCACCCAACCAAAUGCCUGGCACAAGAGCCAUUACUACUGAUCAGAAAUAAUCAAUAACUCCUCAUUAUCUACAGCUUCAGAUCCUCAGCGAUGUGGUCUGCCCAGUGUAGCAACAGAGCACAAGCCCCCAUCCAGGCAUGAAGCACUUUCCCACUCCCUGCAUGACUUCAGUACAGCUCAUUCAUACUUUGUCUUCUCUUGGAACACUUUGCUUUAUUCUGUUUUUUGAAUCCUCCCUUUCUUCAAGUAACAAGUCUUACUUUAGUGACACGUUCUAGAACCUAGGCCUGCACUCUUCAAUACCAUAGCCACCAGCCACAUGUGGCUAAUUUUUUUUUUUAGACAGUCUUGCUCUGCCGCCCAAGCUGGAGUGCAGUGGUGAGAUCUUGGCUCACUGCAACUUCCACCUCCUGGGUUCAAGCGAUUCUCCUGCCUCAGCCUCUGGGACUACAAGCAUGCACCACCACACCCAGCUAACUUUUGUAUUUUUAGUAGAGAUGGGGUUUCACCAUAUUGGCCUGGCUGGUCUCAAACUCCUGACCUCGUGAUCCACACACUUCGGCUUCCCAAAGUGCUGGGAUUAUAGGCAUCAGCCACCAGGCCUGGCUUAUAUGCAGCUAUUUAAAUUGAAAUUUAAGCUAGGUAAUUAAAAAGUUCCUCACUUGUGCUAACCAUAUUUCAAAUAACCACAUGUGGCUGGUGGCUACUGUAUUAAUUAGCUUGAAAUAAAUAUUUCCAUCACUGUGGAAAGUUUUAUUGAAAAGUGCUGCUCUAGAUCAUGACCGCAGUAAAGUUACCAGCCCUACCUUUAACUGCUAUAACACCUCUGUAAGUCAUUUCAUGCCUUAGUGCAUACUGCCCCCAUAUUUUUAGUUAACUUUUCCAACAUGUGCCUUGUUGACUAUCAGCUUCCAGAUCAGAGCUGACUUCUUUUUAUCUUCCCUGAUUUAAUCAGCAUGAAAAAAGUUUGUUAAAGAAAAGAGAAUACACAAAUUAGAGAAUAGGCUUCAGAGUUAGCUGGGAGAGAAAAAUAGUACUUGAAAGAGCAGAGAUUUAUGUUCCCUCUUUACUUUUAUUGGCCCUUUCUAUACAGCGCUUAAGUGCUUUAAACCUAAACUAUGAAUUGUCAAAGAAGCACCUCUGGAAACAGCAGAGAAACAAAUUUAAUUGUCAGAGCAACUGCAAAUUAUUUUUCUAUAAUUGCAUUUUCAUCACACAACAAAAAAGAACUCAUACACACACACAAACAGAAAGUCCUACUGUAGUGUCAAGUGGACUUCUGCCCCCACAUGCUGUUCAGCCUGGAGAGGCUUUAACUGACACUCAUUCUGGACUUUGCUCUUCCCCCCCAACUCCAAAUUUGACUCUGUAAAAUUUAAGUAAACAUUAAAAAAAAAAAGGAAAAAGAAAACCUUCUGUCUUUCACCCAAAACACAUAUUUAUUGUAGGAAAAUUAGAAAAUACAAAUAAGUAAACAAAUAAAAGUCCCGUGAAAGCCCAAGACCUAGAAAAAGAAAAGAAAAUCAGUUUUAACAUUCAGGGUGAAUUUCCACAAAUUUGUUCUUUUUUGUGCAUACACAUCAACUCAUAGACACAUUUUUAUGAAAGAAAACUCUAAUUGUAUUUACUAUUUUGUUUUUUGUGUUUUUUUUUUUUGCCAAUCAAUUUGAACUUAUGAGGUUGCUCAGGUUAGCCUUGAACUAUUUACUAUUUUGUAAACAAGCUUUGUUGUCCUCUUAACAUUUCUUCAACAACAACAAAAACAGUUUUUAGAACUGCUUUUGACAUCUUUUUGAAAUUCUGAAUAGUGGUUACACUAGCUAAUAGCUUAUUCAACAUAUCUCAUACAUAUUCUUCUCACUUUGAUUUAUUCUUAGAAGACUUAAACCUGGGAGAGACAAGAUAGAAAAAGGCAAAAUUUCAGCCGGGCGCGGUGGCUCACCCCUGUAAUCUCAGUACUUUGAGAGGCUGAGGCAGGUGGAUCAUGAGGUCCAGAGAUCGAUCCAUCCUGGUCAACAAGGUGAAACCCCAUCUCUACUAAAAAUACAAAAAUUAGCUGGGCAUGGUGGUGCACGCCUGUAGUCCCAGCUACUUGGGAGGCUGAAGCAGAAGAAUUGCUUGAACCCAGGAGGCGGAGGUUGCAGUGAGCUGAGAUCGUGCCAUUGCACUCCAGUCUGGGUAACAACAGCGAAACUCCGUCUCAAAAAAAAAAAAAAGAAAAAGACAAAAUUUCAUCUCUCGAAUUUGAGAAAUUAUAUUUUUCAAAACCCUCUGCUUUUAUGCAAAAUACAACUUAAGAUAAGGGUAAGAAAGGCUACGUUUAUAAUUAUAUUAAUAAAAAUAAAUCAGCAAGGUUGUCAAAGACCUUACUAAUUUCUUGACUACUCUAGCUCACAACUAAUAUAAAAGUAAGAGUAAACUGACAAAAUGUGUUAUUAAAAGAAAUACUGAAUUGCAAAAAAUAGCAUUUCUUCUCACUUAAAUCAGUUUUUAUCUUGUUUUGGUUUGUUUUCUAGGAGUCUCUCUCCCUGUGUCACCCAGGCUGGAGGGCAGUGGUGCAAUUAUGGCUCACUGCAGUCUUAAGCUCCUAGGCUCAAGCCAUCCUCCUGCUUCAGCCUCCCAAGCAGUUGAGAUUACAGCCAUGAUUGGAAGCUUCCUGAAGUCCUAUCCAGGAACAGAUGCUGGCAUCAUGCUUCCUGUAUAGCCUGCAGAACCGUAAGCAAAAUAAACCUUUUUAUAAAUUA